UUGGGGGGGGGGGGUGACGUCACAGGUGCAGAAUCACGGCUAUGUUUCCGGGUGCGGAAUACAGCAGAGGCUCAUAACUCAACUGUCAGAUUGGGUUUCAGAGGUGAAAUGGACUCUAUUCACGCAUUGAAAAUUGGCGCUGACAAGAUGGGAGGCCAGCCGUCGUCUUUGAGCAGUCUGGAGGAAGAGCUGACGUGUUCCAUCUGCCUGAGCAUUUUCAACAACCCGGUGACCACACCGUGUGGACACAACUUCUGCCUGAGCUGUCUGGACCUCACCUGGAACGACGACGUGGCUCUAGGCUACAGCUGCCCUCAGUGCAGGACACAUUUCUACGCCAAACCCACCCUGCACAAAAACACCGUGCUGAGCACUGUGGUGGACACAGUCAGCAAGUCACUGAAAGGCAAGAGCCAGGACGAAACGAAGGGAGCGGCUUUGGAUUCGACUGUAAUAUUCUGCGACACCUGCAUGGUCUCCAAAGCCUCCAAGACUUGUCUGACGUGCAUGGUCUCCUACUGCGACUCCCACCUCAGACCGCACAUCGAGAAUCCAGUCUUUCACGGCCACCAGUUGACCGAACCCCUGCCUGACCUGCAGCAGCGCAUCUGCAAAGAGCAUCACAAGACGCUGGAGUUUUUCUGCAAGGACCACAACAAGUGCAUCUGUGGAGCUUGCCUGCACUCCCACUUAACCUGCAAGUUUACUUCACUCGAUUGCGAGAUCGCCGAGAAGGAAAAAAAUUAUAAAGAAAAACUGGUUACACUGAGGAGACAGAUUGAGAAAACAAAGAUGGUCGUUUUUGAGAUGAAGGGACAGCAGUCGUCUCUCAGAGAUUCAGUGGCAAACAGCAAGGCUGCGCUUGAGGUGGAGUACCGCGUGAUGAAAGACCUCAUUGAAAAGGACGAGAGGGAGGCAAUGAACCUGCUCGAACGAGAAGAGCAGAGUGCCCAAACCCGGAUCCAGAGCCUCAUGCUCAAAAUGACAAAAAACAUUGAGGAGAUGAGCAGCUGCAAAGACCAGAUUGAAAGCGUGCUGGCUCAGGGGCAGCGAAUCACAGUUCUACAGUGUACAAUAGAGAUGCCACAAUCUGUGACAUUUACUCCUCAUGUUCCCGGAGUCAAUAUGAAUUCAAAGCAACUGAAAAUGUACAAAUCGAGCGCAGUGUCUCUCAAGAAAUACCUCACAGACGUAUUGAGCCUGCCAGUGGAGAAGAGAGUCCAAAUGCUGAAUGCAGUUCCAGCACCAGACAAAAAGGUGGAGAAGAAAACAGGAAAACCUGACAGCACGGUUGCCGUGUCCUUGGAUGAGCCAUUACUAACUUUAGCCACAGAUCAGAUUGUUGGUGUAGCCAGUGACGACAACCGCCCAAAGAAGCCAGGGGAUGGGAACAAGAAGAGCAGUAAACCUCCCAAACCACCAAAGCUCAGGGAUCCACCUAAAAAUACCAGUUGUGUGCCAAAGGUCGUCAAACCAGUCAAUCCUACAGAAGUGACUAAUAGACACAAUCUUCUGCAAGAUGCUGCCGUCCUUAUGCUAGAUGCCACUACAGCACACAAAAGAAUCGCCAUCUCAGAAAAUUUCACCAAAGCGUCAGUCUCCGAAGAGAUGAUGUCAUACCCGGACAGCCCAGCGAGAUUCACGGUCUGCUCCCAGGUUCUGUGCUCCAAAGGAUUCUCCAAGGGGCGUCACUACUGGGAGGUGAAGUUAACCAGCAGCAACUUCUGUGCCAUCGGCGUGGCCUCCAGCAGCAUCGAGCGCAAGGGGCCGACCAGCAAGCUGGGGAGGAACAAGGAGUCGUGGUGCAUAGAGUGGUUCAACGUGAAGCUGUCCGCUUGGCACGACCAGCGUGAGACAGUCCUGGAGAACCCCAGCUCCAGCAGAGUCGGGGUGCUCCUGGAUUGUGAUGGGGGCUCUCUCACCUUCUACAGCAUCUCAGACAGAGUGUACCCCAUUUACACGUUCUCAUGUCGCUUUUCAGAGGCUGUCUAUCCGGCUUUCUGGCUCUUCUCCAGCGGCACUGCAGUGUCUCUGUGCAAACUGACUGCCUAACACAAGUUCCUACUGCCAGGGCGCUGCACGUGCAUGCAGCUCGGCAUCUUAAACAACUAAAUACAGCAAGUACCAAAUGCAUUUCUCUUUUUGGGGAAAAAAUAAAUAAAUCAGAAAACAAGCUGUAUUUAUGUAGUUUGAUAAAGUAAGUUAUCAUGACAAUAUAGUUAGAGAAAAUGUAAAAAGGCCAAUUAAAAUGCUCCAAGUGAGGACAAUGGCACUUAGUUAAUCUGCGUUUAUCAAAAGUCAUGCUUAUUAAAAUAAACAGUGUUAAUAUACGUGCAUGUAUUGUUAACAAAAGAUAUACCCUAAUUGGAUGCAAACCAACAAAAAAAAAAAAAAGGUAAUUUGCGAGUUCGCUUGCUUGAAAGAAUUAACCCAUUUUGAAUGUGAAUUGGGAGCGGGUCUGGUGAGUGUUUCAGUGUACGCAGUGCAGAGUUUAUUUGCUUUGUGAUUCUUUAUAGAAGUUUGGAAAGGCUUGAUUGUAGAGUCGCCCUCGGACCUUCAUUCAGAUUGUUCAGGCACAGGACGUGCGUGGGAUCUUUUGCUUAUAAACGUGGGGUUUGGCUUCCAAUGGGAUACAUGGGGUAGCUUCAGGGAGGUAGACAGCUUAAGAGAGUGACAGCCCUGCGUGAGAGUAAGGGAUGCAGACAGUACAGUUCCUUAAAACAGAUCAUGGCAAGCGAUAGCAAAUGGGAUUAUAGCAGUACACAGUAUAGAUUUACUUCAUGUUCUUUUUGCAUGGCAUUCGAUUAUGUGAAUGUAUACAAGGUGUAAAGGGUUAAAAUAAAUAAGAUAUGUGAUUCAGUGUUUAAUCGGUUCAAUAAAAAUCUGUUAAAGGCA